AAAAUUCUAAAUUAUUUAACGAACAAAUAUCAUCAAGAUAACGGUAAGUGUUGUUGAAUUUAUAAAUUAAAUGCAAUUCUUUAUAAUGUAAAAUAACGGGCAACGUUAUACUCUUGAAAACCAUCUUAUUGGCUAUGAAAAACAAGCUUAAAAUGUUAAUGAAACUUUUUUCAAAUAACCCGAGAUUUCGUUUGAACAUGGAAACAGGAGACACAAAAUUUUGCACCACCUAUCAAAAAAUGCUUCAAUAUAUUUUUGUAUGACAUCAUCAAUAUUGCAUCUUUUUAUAUGUUUGUUCCAUAAGUAUUGUUUGUUUUGAUUUGCUUAUGAAGAGGGUUGUUUGAAUUAGUAACUUUAAAUCAAAUUUUCAAUUUCAAAAUUCGACAUUUUUUGAAAAUGACCCAGGUAUGUCUAUUGGUAGAAAUUAGUUUAGAUUUAGUAGAGAAUUUAAAUGGGAUGGACUGUCUUCUACAAAUGGUCCCAUUUGUUUUAGGUCUGAUGGAUAAUAUGGCAGCCCUAGGUAACAUUUGACUCUGAGUGGCCAAUUUACAGAAUAUAAAGGGACGAAUAUUUAUUUUUGAGGAGAUCGGGCGGGCACCAUUCUGAUUUUUUUCUUUAUUUUAGUGUCAAAAUAUUUUUUUAUAUUCGUGGGAAAAUAGUGGCAUCAGAAAGAAGAAAACAAACCAAAUGAAUAGUAAAGGUCAAGUAUUCCUUCGAAAGUUUUCUGACCGGUAUGCAAUACAUAUGUGUCACACAUGUCACAUGUUCCAUUAGUUGUAGCCACAAUCGUGUCCUCCUUUUCUCGAUUGUUACAUUACCGAAUGUGACUUAUUAUCUAAUUUCAACUUUCAAACCUUCAAACUAGCAACACGACGGCUGUUUCUUGUAUAUCGUACUUCCCUCUUUGACCCUCCAUUAGUUAUUAUGAUACUGCAUGUUAUCGUUUGAAAAUUUCAAGCUGAGAAUAACUGGGGAUUACCGAAGUUUAUUUAUAGAAAAUGAAAGGUACAAUUUAUUUUGCAACUGGAAUGUCCCGACCAUAGUCGUUCUUUCUUAAUUUGGGAAAUCCUAAGAUUGGUAGAGUUUAAUGAGUUUGACUCAAACUUUUUGUGUUGUCACUAUCGUUUAAGUCACAUCUAUUAUCUAUGGAACAUUAAAUAUUUAUAAUAAAUACUAUAUGACAUUUUCAACAGGUUGAAUAUGGCACAGAUAUAUGCACCUUUACACAACAACGACUUUGGGUAUGAGGAACUGGUGAAUAAUUUGUUAGAUGAAGAUCCUCUACAAAGUCAUGACGGUGAUGUUGAUAUCCAGGAAAUCGUUGCUGAGAUUGGACAACAGUAUGACAUAUCGGCACAUGACGAAGUUUCUCUUACCCAGAUUACUAAUACGGAUGACGACGCAUAUUCUGCUCUCGAAAAUGCAAUUGGUCAAUUGAAUGAACAUGAUAAAUGUACAAAAAAGAGCUGUGCAAAUUGUGCAAAACCAAGGAGAGUAGAAAAUGUCUCAAGUUUAAAGAAGGGUCAGCACAUAUCGAUGCCGGGCCAAUAUUCCACCAAAUAUGUAAAAGCGGACCGAAAACUGAAAAGAAUGUACGACCACCAUGCCAUUGUUAAAGAAAUUCAAAGUGCGGAAGGUAGUAUAGUUACAAUGGUUCUCAUACAUUUUACAGAUAUUGGUGGAAAGAUAGGAGUGCACGAGGAAACAAAAAAAAUUGAUCUAAGGGAAAAAGAAUUAUAUAUUGUAAACUACGUUUUUUCCAGAUACGACCCAGAUACAAUUGUUGCUAGAGCCGAAUCAAUUCUGACACAAAAUGAGAAAUUCAAAACCUACAAUUUAAUAACAGGCAAUUGCGAACAUUUUGCAACUUGGUGUGUGGCGGGAGAAGGCGAAAGUUUCCAGGUGCAAAGUCUGAGACAAAAAAUUGCAGAUGCUCUUUCUCGAUUAUUUGGUGCCGGAAGCAAAAUUGCAAAGGGUAUACUCCGAUUAUUAUUGGUUUCUUCAGAUGAAAUUGCCAGUGGUCUCAGUAAAGCAGUACCGGAAUUAGUUCUCGGUGGAGCAGCAGCCUUGUAUUUGAUAUACUGUAUUGUAAUGACAAUAUUGCAUGUUAAAGAUUAUAAAAAUGGACAAAUAUGUAGGUCUUGUUUAAAAGGAAGGUUGUUCGACUUGUGGCUGACAUUUGGAGCGUUUGGACUGACAUCAAUCAUAACUUUCCUUAUUUUACACUUUGUUGUUCCUUUAAUGGCACCUGCAGUUGGAAUCCCACUAAUGAUACUAUUAGUUUUACUUGCGCUCGCUUUUCAAAUGACGGCGCCAAGAUUACGAAAAGCGCUGAGCUCUCCAUUUUCUGUUGACCGUGUAAAGGUAAAACAUUUAGGGCAAAUAAAUAUUGGUGAUGUGCUAUCACAUCGCUACUAUGGGGUCAAACAUACAAGUAUUGUAACGGAGGUCAAGGCCGAAAAUGACAAACAGACAAAGGGGCAGAUUCGGUUAGUCCAUUAUGGAUCUUCGGCUUUAUUUGGAACGAGAAAGAUUGUCGAGGAAUAUGUUGAAGUUGAUAUCGAUAAAUCGAGUAUAUAUGUAUUGGACUGCAAACCUUUGUGUACAUUUCCAGCUGACAUGGUUGUAAGUCGAGCGAAAAGUCGAAUUGGCGAGACUAAAUGGGCCAUGUUUUCAAAUCGAUCAGAUCAUUUUUCAUAUUGGGCGAAAGUUCAACAGUACAAUAAUGAUAUCUUUGACGAAAUAUCUAAUGAAGAAAUCAGAAGACCAAUGUCUCGGACAGAAGCAUCACUUUUCAUUGAAAAGAGAGAGAUACAUCGCGUAGAAGAUCUAAAAAUAGGGGACGUUGUUCAAAGCGAUGUUAUUGGAAUAAUUGAUGAUACCGGCAUACUUUCUUCAAUACGGUAUUUGGAUGGCCCAGAAGGACGCAAAUUUGAAAUAGAGGUUUACACAUAUUCGUUUUGGUGGACGACAACUCGGAAAAAAUAUACCGUUGACCUUAAUAAGGAUAGAUUGUACGUAAAAGUAUAUAAUCCCUCACAAUGUCAUACUAUGGAGCAACGUGUGAAAAAUGCGCAAGAAAUUGAGGACGAGACAGGUUCAUGGUGGACCACAGAGGGAUUUAUUGAACAUUGUAUUGAACUAAAAAUGUAUUGAACACUUACCUAUCUUAAAUCAGACAAAACGAGCUUAUGAUUAUAUGUUAUAAUUAAUCAUACGUCUUUUCUCAUAGAAUUACAAACGCACAUAUUUUUUGUGGAUAUAAACUGUUUCGAAGAGUUUAGACAUUUGGUUUCCAGACAAAACUUGAGUUUAAGUGUAUGGAUCUCUAUGAAAUUGUUCAACAAGGUUCCAUACCACAAAAGGAAGGUUGGGAUUGAUUUAAGGGGUUAUGACCCCAUCUGUUUAGGAAUUUGGGGCCAAAAAGUGACAAAAAAACUAGGAUUUUCAGGUUUUCGGACAAUAACUUGAGUAUCAGUCUAUGGAUCUCUAUGAAAUUGUACAACAAGGUUCCAUACUAAAAAAAGAAGGUUGGGAUAGAUUUUGAGGGGUAUGGCCCUAACCAUUUAGGAAAAAAGGGGCCAAAACAAUACUGUUUUAGUACUUUGUACGAAUAGUUAAUUUCUUGACCAAUUUCAAUAGGGUUCAAUUGAAAGUCUUAAAUUCUUGAGGUUCUUUUAUAUGCCGAAUGUAGCAAUGUAUUUAGAUUUUGGAUUUCGCACAAUUAUAGGUAAAUGUCCAAUUUCAUACUUUUAAGUUCUAAGACUACAUUGAUUCUGUGUCGGAGACCUAUCCUAUGUCAAAUAUGUAAUCACAAUCCAAAUCGGAGCUGUAUUGCACAAUUGAUAGACAUUUUAGGUAGAUUCACAGUUGACAAUAGAUUUAGCAUCAAGUUUUAAUUUUAGAGAAGUAAUUAUGUAUAAAUAUAGUUUGAAAUUCACUGUUAUUUCAUUAUUAGAUAUUUUGAAAAAAGUAGUUGAAGUUAAAUGAAGAAGAUUUUUAAAGACAUUGUAUUAGUGAUGACAUAUAUAUUGGAAAUUAAAUUUUUUUUUCAUUUUUUUUGUAAAUUUUUUGAUGGUAGGUUUGUCUGUUAUUCUGUAUAAAUUAACUUUCAGAAAGCUAUAUAUAUAUAUAUAUAUUGGUGAAGCGAGCCCCUUUAAAGAUUUGGCUAAUAUUGUCAAUUAAUAAAUAAAUUAAUUAAAUUCUU